CACAACAUGGCACCUGCUGGCCGGGGUGUUGUUGUGGUUGCGCUGUCGUUGCUGUGCUUAUGCCGAGCCAUAUUUUCCACUGAAUACUUUUCUACACUCACGUUCUUCAACAGUGACCUGCACAAGCAUGGCUGCAGCUCUCCAUCCGAAUGGGAAGAAUACGCGGCGGAUUGUGAGGCGUCUAUUCUUCAGCUGGAGGACCCAGACUGUGAGGAAGGGGGCAACCCGCCAUGCGAGUCAGUCUUCUCUCUGAAUGCAGAGAAGAUCCUGAGCCAGGCGAGACUGUUCAUCGAGCAGAAGCGUUUCCCUUUUGCGGUCGACAACCACAGCACAAAUGAAGAGCUAGCAAUAGGAUAUGUGCUGAUUGGAAAUGGCCUGUACGAUGAAGCCAUCAAACACUUCUCCUUAAUGUUGCAGGGGGAUCCUGAGUUGGUCAGCGCUAUCUAUGGAAGAGGAAUUGCAUAUGGCAAGAAGAGUUUGCAGGACAUUAAGAAUGCAGACCUUGCACUUUAUGACCUGAGCCGAGUGAUCGCCCUGGAGCCGAACCGCCCAGAGGUGUAUGAGCAGCGGGCGGAGAUCCUCUCUCCACUUGGGCGAAUCAGUGAGGCUUUGAGUGCUCUCUCCAAAGCCAUUCAGCUGCAGCCCUCUGCCCGUCUCCAUAGACACAGAGGAACCCUGCUCUUCAUAUCAGAAGACUAUGUAGCUGCUAUGGAAGAUUUUCAGCAGUCUUUGGAGCUGAAGAAGAACCAGCCCAUCGCCAUGCUGUAUAAGGGCCUGACGUUCUUUCACAGAGGAAUGCUCAAGGAAGCCAUUGAAACAUUCAAAGAGGCUCUGAAAUUAAAGUCGGACUUCAUAGAUGCAUACAAAAGUCUGGGACAGGCUUAUAGGGAGCUGGGGGAUUUUGAAGCUGCUAUGGAGAGCUUCCAGAAGGCACUGCUGCUAAAUCAGAACCACAUUCAGUCCCUGCAGCUGAGAGGCAUGAUGCUUUACCACCAUGGCAGCCUGCAGGAGGCCAUACGCAAUUUCAAGAGGUGUCUGCAACUGGAGCCCUACAAUGAAGUUUGUCAGUACAUGAAGGGCCUCAGUCAUGUGGCCAUGGGCCAGUUUUAUGAAGGUAUCAAAGCGCAGACAAAAGUCAUGCUAAACGAUCCACUGCUGGGCCAGAAGGCCAGCUCUGAAUAUCUCAAAGUCAAAUACCUCAGAGAAUACUCUCGUUAUUUGCACUCACAUCUUGAUAUACCUGUGGCAGAAUAUAAUGUUGAUCAGGAUCUUCCAGGAAACUUCAAAAACCACUGGGCAAAAAAUCUUCCUUUCCUUAUAGAGGACUAUGAGGAGCAGCCAGGACUGCAGCCGCACAUAAAGGAUGUUCUACCUCAGAACUUUGACAGCUAUAACGCUGAAGUUCAGAAGCUCAUAUGCACUGCUGAUCACCUUGGUGCCCUUAUGCAGUACAACACGCCAGGAUUCCUGCCCAAUCACAGAAUACACAGAGCUAUGGGCCUGGCCACGAUAGAGGUCAUGCAGGCCAUGCAGCGCACAUGGAGCAACUCGAAGGUACGAGUGAACGGCAAGACCAGGCAGAUGCAGUGGAGGGACAUGUUCGACAUAGCAGUAAAAUGGAGGAGGAUUGCAGACCCAGAUCAGCCAGUUCUGUGGCUGGAUCAGAUGCCAGCAAGGAGCCUCAGCAGAGGCUUCAACAACCACAUCAAUCUAAUCAGAGGGCAGAUCAUCAACAUACGAUAUUUGGAUUACUUUGACAAUAUACUCAACUUCGUCAAAGACAGGAUAUUGGUUUACCAUGGGGCGUAUAACCCUCAAGGGCUGCUGGAAGUAAGACAAGCACUGGAAAGUGUCAAUAAAGUGGAGGACCUUCUCCCUAUCAUGAAGCAGUUUAACAGUAAAACCAAGGAUGGCUUCACUGUAAACUCCAAGGUGCCCAGUAUAAAAGACCCUGGGAAAGAGUAUGAUGGAUUCACCAUCACCAUCACAGGAGACAGGGUGGGGAAUAUGCUGUUCUCCGUGGAGACACAGACAACUGAGGAGAGAACGCAGCAGUACCAGUCCGAGAUUGAGUCCCUCUACAAAGACCUCACCGCCAAGGGCAAAGCUCUCAUGCUCUCCACUGAGCUCGGGGAUGCUGAUGCUGUGUGCAAUUUAAUCCUGUCCCUGGUUUAUUACUUCUGUAACCUAAUGCCUCUGUCCAGAGGUUCGAGUGUUGUGGCAUACUCCGUUGUUAUGGGAGCACUCAUGGCGAGUGGAAAAGAAGUAAUUGGGAGAAUUCCAAAGGGAAAGCUGGUAGAUUUUGAAGCUAUGACAACACCGAACCCUGACGGCUUCAGUGAAACAGCCAAGAGCUGGAUGAGUCUAAAGAGCCUUCCAGUGUGGUACCACAGUCUUCCAUCAGUAGCAGAAACGUUUCCGACAACAAGAACCAUGAUCGAAGUCCUGAACACAGACUCGACGUCGCACUGUCCGAAGAAGUCCUAACGCUGCUCCUCCUGACGUGAACAAAGGCUGCUCUCUUCACGCUUUUUCUCUGCUUAUAGUCACAGGAUGGGCUUUAUCGGGCCUGCACUCUUCCAAGAAGCACAACUUUUAAACAUGUUUCUGUUUAGUUUUGGGCUAACCCCCGCAUGACCCGCUGCUUGUAUGAGUAUGAUUCAGUAUAGGGGGAAACACUGUGAAACACACAACUGAGGUGAGGUAUUUUUCAUUUUUUAGUUAUUCUUUUUAAUUGGCAUUGAUUGAAUAGUUUGAUUCGAGUGCUACAGUUAGCCAUGUCAUUAAGCAAUACUGACAUCACCUCCUCAUGCAACUCUGCUGUUCCUGAGAGUUGCAAAUUUGGAAUUAUAAUCUGAAGGAAUGUAAAAUGUCACUGCUAGAUCCAUGCUCUGGACCUCAUUUCCCAAAAGUUACAGCCCUCAGUAAUUGAUGCCAACCGUUUUUCCCCCUCAGCAAUUACAUAAAACGGGUGGUGGUCAUCAAAGUAGACAGGACUAUGUUUUUCUGAAAGGGAAGAAACCGGAAAACAUGUGAAGCACUGACAACAUUCUUGUUUUGAUGUGAAACUGCAGUCAGUAACAUUCUGUACUAUAAGCAGAGAAAGCGACUGAAAAGGUUUAAACAGAGCUGCCUUUCAGGGCUGCCUAAUUCCUACAGGAAUACUUGAAAAUCUAAAGAUACAAGCAAUCUUUUUUCUCUAUUUUGUGUUGGAGGGUGACUGAGUCAUUGCCAUAUUGAUAUCUUUGGUAAUUGUUUUACUGGUUUGACCAAUAAGGGGUGGGGGCAGGGUGGGCUCCUCAGAGUAUAUGCACUACACAGUGCCAUGAAGUACAAUCAUUCCUGUAUUCUCACUGUUAGGAUGGCUCUUAGUAUAAUUAUUUUUUUUCCAUGUGUUUUUAAUGAUUUGAUCCUCAUCUGUGCCACACACAUUAAAAAUGUUCAGGAAGAAGUCUUGGGGAUUAGUGCAAUUGAACUCAGAAUAAUAGCCACUCUCCUGCAGGGCACACCGAUCUGUGUAGUCUCUGUCUUGACCUCUCCCCUCUUUCUUUUGCUCUCUCCCUCUCUUUCGCUCUCUCUCCCUCCCUCUCACUCUACACAGGUUGUUGUGCCAAGGCACUGUUAUAUUAAUCCUGCACCCCCCC